AUGCCUCGUCGCUCUCCUCCGACCCCUCUGCGUCUCCAUCAAGGCCCGCUGCCACUGCGUGGAAAGCCAAAGCACACGAUGCCUUCGCUCCCUCGUCCAGCAUUCCACCGGCCCAUCCCCAUCGCGCAGGGGCCUGCGUCGCGCCCCCGUGCUCGCUCAAUCGCAGAGCAAGACGAGCCGACGCUGAACCUGCAGUCGAGCCCGUCGAGCCCUGCCAGCGAGCACUUCGUCAGAGGGCCCUGGGAUCACUCAGCCAGCAUCAAAGUAUCGAUUGACAUCAGCGCCGUACUGCCACCUCCGAAACAGGCGGCAGUUUUCACGUAG